AUAGAAAAAUCUUAACAAAUUUGAAUUUUUCGACCCGUUUACAGUCAAUAUCAUCUCAUUUUCGGAGGCGAUUUGUUGCUGGCUUGUGCCUGAAAGAAGACAUUCUCCGAAAGGCCGGUGCUGUCCGAAAAGAAGCCGGCGAACGUGGUCCGUCCAUCGAUAGCGAACUUGUGGCCGUGGCGACCUGAUAUCGAGCCGAAGAAAAUGCGUGGCCGUACUCUAUCGGGCAAAGCCAUCGUUGGACUCUGCAUGGCAUGUUUCUUCGUGGGCUCGUUGUUUACUAAUCGGACAUGGAGCGGGCAAUCGGAUAAUGGGAUUCGGAUAAUUUCAGGCCAUGAAGAAAAUAAAAUGGUGCCCAUGAUGAGAGAUUGCGAACAUAAGCGUAAAUUGGCUGAAGGAAAACCGGGAGAUAUAAUGGGAGAAGUCACAAAGACCCAUCAAGCUAUUCAGUCACUUGAUAAAACAAUUUCAAUGGUGGAGAUGGAACUAGCGGCUGCCCGAAUGAGCCGGAUGGGCAGCCCACCUUCUAUCGUAAGGACCUCCAAAGGUUCAAAUCACGGUAGACAGAAGGCAUUUGUCGUGAUCGGAAUCAAUACCGCUUUCAGUAGCAAGAAACGCCGGGAAUCUCUUCGAGAAACUUGGAUGCCUAAAGAAGCUAAGCUUAAGAAGCUGGAGAAAGAGAAAGGUAUCGUUAUUCGGUUUGUGAUUGGCCACAGUGCAACGCCAGGUGGCGUUCUGGACCGCGCGAUCGACGCUGAGGAUUCAAAGACGAAGGAUUUCCUGAGGCUCGAACACGUGGAAGGAUACCAUGAGCUGUCUUCAAAGACCCGAAUCUACUUCUCUACGGCAGUAGCCAUGUGGGAUGCUGAUUUCUACGUCAAGGUCGACGAUGAUGUGCAUCUUAACUUGGGUAUGCUUGCGACUACACUCGCGCGGUAUCGAUCCAAACCGCGGACAUACAUUGGGUGCAUGAAGUCCGGACCGGUGCUUUCCCAAAAGGGGGUGAAAUAUCACGAGCCUGAAUUUUGGAAAUUCGGGGAAGAAGGGAACAGAUAUUUCAGACAUGCCACUGGCCAAAUCUACGCCAUUUCUAAGGAUCUCGCUACCUACAUCGCCAUUAACGCGCCCAUAUUGCACAGAUAUGCUAAUGAGGAUGUAUCACUGGGUUCAUGGUUCAUUGGCUUGGAGGUCCAACACGUGGACGAACGUACCAUGUGCUGUGGGACCCCUCCAGACUGCGAGUGGAAAACACACCAAGGGAAUGUAUGCGUGGCGUCGUUUGAUUGGUCGUGCAGUGGGAUAUGUAAGUCAGUGGAGAGAAUGAAGGCAGUGCAUAAUGCAUGUGGGGAAGGAGAUGGAGCUGUUUGGAAUGCUCUUCUCUAGAGAGACGUUGAUAUUUAUAAAUUUAAAAAAAAAAAAAUGACAUGGUAGGAUUAGGCAAAUAUGUAUUGGUUGGUUCACAUGGGGUUUUAGGUGGGAAAAAGAAAAGGAAAGGAGAAGUUGGCAUUUGAUAUCAACAUCUCAAAAGUCAAAAAUGAAGAGUAUGGGAAUAUCAUCAAAUACUAUAUCAUCUCUCUCAAUAAUGGGACUAUGUUUAUAUGCCAUCCAUACCGUUCAUAAUGUCGUUCCUACUUAGGGUGAACUGAAAAUACAAAAAUAUUAGCCUGAUCUAAAACUUAUGAGGUCCUUUGAAUAUUUCAAUGGUGGACGUUCAAUCUUCACUGUUUCCUGAU